GAAAAGGGCACUCUGCCAGGCUUUGUGGUAGCAGCUGCACUCCCGACAGAAAUUCUAAUAAGUGAGAUAUAACAGCAGGGCUCUGCAUGGUGAAGAGAAAGAAGAAAAGUUAAGAAGAAUUUGCCUUCCUGUGGCCCCUCUGAGCUUGAGAACCUCUCUCUGAUUACAGCUUGUCCAUGUGACCUGGUUUCCGUUGCAUGCUUCCGCGAAUAGUAAAACCGAGGUGUCAAUGCUUCUGUCAGAGGACGGCACAUGAAGAACACGCACGACGGCCGAGAGAGAAGCAACGAUAUGGUCACGGGUGCAGGCAGCGGUGGCUCGGGGGAUCCACGCCUUACCACCGCUUGAGGAUGUUAAAAUGUCAGUUCACGGCACGUCGUCCAUCAUCUGUUGCUUACUGCUACCCAUGUGGAUCAUCCUCGCACCAGCCUCAAGUCAUCCACAACGCAGUCAGUGUAAACUGACGCAACGAACGGCUCUCUGCAACAAUUCCAACCUCACGUCGGUACCGGCGGGACUACCAAGCAGCACCGAAGAACUUCAACUCAAUCACAAUCUUCUCAAGACACUACAGGACGACUCUCUUCAGUAUCCCUCGCUCACUACCCUCAGUUUAGCCUGCAACCAGAUGGAAGGAUUGCAUCCAAACACUUUUCAAUCCACCAAAUUGUUAAAAAAUCUUAAUUUGGCAAUGAAUAAUCUGUAUGUUAGCUACACGCAAACCAGCAAUGCUUUAAAGACGCUGCCCGGGAUCAAAUUUUUAGAUCUAUCCGAGAAUAGGUUAGAUGAAGAAAUGGCUGCCGUCCUUCUUCAAAAUCUGACAUCGCUGGAGUACUUAAAUCUUUCGGGGAAUCUCUUACGGCGUCUGGAUGAGACGUCGUUCAGAGAUCUUCGUCAGGUGAGAGAGCUGGACCUGCAGAGGAACCUCCUGUUUGAGAUCGACAACGCCUUUGACGGCACUCCCAGAUUGCAGCGGCUCAACUUGGCCUUCAAUUAUCUACCUUGCCUGACGGACUUCCACAUGAGUCAGUUGGUGGUUCUAAACGCCAGCCACAACUUCAUCGAAUGGUUCAUCACCAGGCCGGACGCGAACGUCACUUUUCAAAUCGAGACGCUCGAUCUAUCCGAUAACAAGCUGCUCUUCUUUCCGUUCUUACCCGAGAUGAGCCGCUUACGCAAUCUCCACCUGUCCCACAACGUUGUGAGUUUUUAUGAGCACCUAACGGACAACGUCACAUUCCCAAACUUGACCUCCACUGUCGAUUUCCACAACCUGGGGAGGAACACCAGCACCGUCACGGCUAAGCUAUGGAACGACAGCCUUCACGGCGACGUCUCCUCGGUGGAGCUUUUAGAUCUACGAGGAAACAAGUUGCAGUACUUCCCACGGGGAUUCAUCCGGAAAAUGCCAUCCCUGUCCAGACUGCGGAUACGCAGCAACUGUCUGGAAAGCUUGAAUCUAACAUCCGAGCGAUUCUCUGCUAGCUUGUUGGAGUUGGACGUUAGCGACAACGGGCUGAUAGAGAUUGCAGCGGAUGAUGUUACGCUGAGGACGCUUAGCAACUUGACAUACCUUAACCUCAGCCGGAACGAUCUCGACUGCUCAUCCUCGAGACGAUUGUUCAAUUUACCGGGUCUUCGGUCAAUGGACCUCAGUUACAGCAACAUAGGGAAAUGUCUCCGUGAGGCAGGUGUAGCCUGGAACACCACUGAGUCCUUGAGGCAGCUUUUCCUCAAGGGAAGCCAUCUUGAAAGAAUUCCACCAUCUGCAUUCUCUGGACUCGCUCUCACGCAUUUAGAACUUUCCGACAACCCUGGACUAAGAGGCCAGCAGUCGAUCAAAAGUCUGAGCAGAACGUUACAGCACUUAGGUUUGGGAAACACACACGUUGGGGAAUUGGACUUUGCAGAUUUUCUAAAUCUGAAGUCUCUGAAUAUUUCAUGCAACUCCCUCGAGCAUCUUCCGGCUUCAGUCUCGAGUCUUGACUUAAGACAGCUCGAUUUGAGGGACAACAAAUUGUCGACGAUUCCCUCGAAUCAGGCCGACGCGUUAGCUUCGAAACUUCACACCGUUUUCCUGACGGGGAAUCCAUUCAACUGCUGCCAAAGCGAAUGGUUCAGGACUUUCACGACAACAAAGACCGUCCACGUGGUCGGCCAGUCGGACAUCGAAUGCGCGGAUCUCUUCCAAACACGCAGCAUUCGGCAUUACAGCUCAUUUUUGUGCCGUGACGAAAGCGGAGAAUCUUUUUUUUGGUACAUCCUGCUUUUUGGGCCCAUUUGCAUUUCUUUAGUGGGCAUUGUUGUUAUUGUAUUUCUGACACUCAAGCCCAAAGUGAUCCACAAAUCAAUCAAAAAGAAAUAUUCAAAGCCUACGUCCUACUGAUGUACGUUUACCUUUCAGUCCAGCAUUAACAUUUGAUGGACAACCUGGCGGAUUAUUGACAUGCUAUCAACGAUCAUUUUAUCCUGUGGUGCUCUGAUUAGGGUUGGCAAUAAAAAUUUCAACUAUUAUAAAAAAGAUUUUAUUUCCCACUGCAUGCACCGUUAGCGUGUGGUUCAAAACCACAAAAUGUAAAACUGCGGCCGUGGCGCCUAGCUUUGUGUGAACGUGCGCUUCAUGUGUGAUGAACACACACACACACACACACACACACACAAGUGGUGUGGUGCAAGCUGUUGUUAUAAGCAGCAAAGGAAACAAGAAAUUUCCUGUUUUGCGCAAGUGUACAGCACACUGCCCAGUUCCGUAUCUCAAAGAGGAGGGUUUCCUUCCUAUCCGAUGGAGGGCCAAUGAGGGGCACUUUUGAAUGCUGAUCCUCGUGCUCGCUAACCUACUAACUCUCAGAAACGAUGCCUCAACAAGCUUUAAAAAAAUAAUAAUAAUAAUUUCUCAACAGUGUGUAUGAAUUAUUGAGGAGCGGGCAAGUUGCUGAUAUCUGCCGUUACAGCAGAAUGCAUGAGGCCUAACCAGAAGGUAACCAGAAUACCGCUGUGGUGAUGCUCAAAGGUCACGGCGGUUGAAGAAGUAUAAAUCGAAACUAGCAUAAUUAUUUUUUUCUAAAUGGGGCAAGUAGACAAUUAUUUAAUUCUUUUUUUUUUGCUCAUUAAAUAUAAAAUAAUGAUUCAGCAAACUGGUAAUUAUAAAUGACUGAUGUUUUCUCAACAAGAGCAGAAAUACAAACCACAAGUAUUUAUCACGUUCAAAAACACUUAUUUGUAGAAAGAGGAAGCGCUUAAUGUGAAGUUGCUGAGUCUACAUUAGUAGAUUGUGGGAGAUGGUGUCAACCAGCAGUCCCCAACUUUUUUUUGCGCCACGGACAUGUCAGAUCAUAUUUUCAAGGACUGGCCUUUAUAUAAAUAUAACAAUAAAUAACUUAUUAUAUAUAUCAAUAUGAUGAAAUAAAAUGAUACUACUGGCAUUAAAACAAAUACAAACCACCUAAAAAUAAAACUCACCAUUAAGUA